AUGGUAAGUCUUAUUUGCCGGAUUUUUUACAUUACUGUGUGAAUUACAAUAUAUUAGGUUGGACGGAAAGUUCGUACGAUUUGCUACCCAACUUUGAAAUUAAUUUUUUUUGCGCCACGACCGACUGUCUACCGUAGAUACCUAGUAUAUACAAGAGUACAGCGUGCAGAUUUAUGUGAUAUGUGCCAGUCGUUAGUUCGGCCAAAACGAACAUAAUUAUAAGAGGUUCUCCGCUUUGGGGUAGUUUCGGGUGGGGUGCGGAAUGCAAGCUCUAGUUUCCAAACCGUUUUUGCUGAAGCUCUGAAACUUUUUAGGCUAUUUCUAGUGGUCCAUCCAACUACGUUAACCACAGUUAAAACUCUUAAAAAAGUCUGUGGGAUAAAAUAAUAGCUAUUGUUUCAACCAAAUCUUCAAAAAACGCCCCGCUUGAAAAAGUUUUUUUAUUACUCCACGCAUUGCUGAUGGUCCGUCCGUAUAACAGGGUUCAGUGAGGCACACGGGUAGCCCUUUACGUGCUACAUGAGUAACCCGGAUCAUAGACGCUUCGGAUUUGGCGUAAAGAGGCAAAAUUGCCAAAAAUAUAUAGCUCUAGAGAAACGCGUGUGAUUUGCUGACAAUUAACAAUGGUUACCCAUUGCUUCAUAAAGUAGUAGAACGAUACAGAGGCUCCAUUUUCCACCCUAGAAAAGCAGGAUUAGAAAGCUGCUUUGAGCUGUUUUUUGAAUUUUACGAAUUGCUCCGAUAGUUCACAAGCGAGUUUUUGAAAAAUAAAUCAUUGAGUUCUGUCAUGUUACGCAGUAAAACAAUUGGCUAAGGACGGGUACCUAAGUGUAAGGCAGUGUCUUUAGUUUUGACAUAUCAUAGUUAGACCCAUAGGAAUGCAUCGGCAAGCGACUGUUGUAAAUCAUAUUCAAACUUGGUGGGUCUUGCUAAAGCCAAGUUUUCUGGCUGUGUUUUGAUUUAAUCCCCGACUACUUCACGCAUAUUAAGAGCAUCAAAAGGAAGCUUUUUAGCAGUGCUAAAGCAGUUUCUUAUUAUGCCUUGUUAAACAAACCAGCCAAAGGAUCUCUACUUGUAGACCAAAGAUGGGUAAAUGUCUAAAUUAAGUUCUCUCUUCGUACAUGCUUAAGAUGGCUGAGGGUUGUAGUGCCAGAUAGGGAUGCCUGUCCCCUACCAAUACCAUAUAUUUGUGGUUGUCUUUUUCUAUCAGCGCAAGAAAAAAUAGCAGCAGUAAAAAAUCGUACGAACUUUCCGUCCAACCUAAUAAAAUUGCUUCAGGUCUCCCAAUUGGUUGUCAUCUCCCUUAUUGUUGUCGUCAGUGGAGUCUUGGCGGGGUAAGUGGGCUAAGAUUAGAAGUUAGCAUCCAUUGCCUGACGAAUAACAUACAAAAGUACUAUGGAUGAUAUAUUUUUCUGGUUUUCUCUAAUGAAUAUAACAAAAUCGUUUUAAUAAAACCUCAUCUGGCUGUUCUAGACCCCCCGUCUACCCCUACGGACAAGGCCAACAGUACCCUCAGCAACAACAGUAUCCCCCUCAACAGCAGUACCCUCCGCAACAGCAGUAUCCCCCUCAACAACAAUAUCCCCAGAACCAAUAUCCCCAACAACCUCAGCAGCCCGCCUAUGGCAACCCUCCUCCCCCACAACAGGGAUACCCCCAGGGCUAUAACGGAGGCAACGGAUACGGUGGCUACAACAAACCGCCAGUCUAUCCCCAAGGCCAGGAUGGUGGAUACAAUGGAGCUCCUCAGAACCCCCCUUAUGGAGGAAAUGGUGGAGGAAUCUAUGAUCCCGUGACCCCACCACCAGGAGAUGACUGCUAA